AUGAUAAACACUGCCAAUUCCUCAUCCACGGGGGAUGAAGGCCCCAUGAAGACCCUUCAACAGACGGUCCUGACCGGGAAGAAGAGGCGCCUGCCGCCAUUCCUGGACCAUUUCAACGCUCGCGACUUGAAGAUCCUAUGUCGUUGUUGGAUAGCAGCGUGGGUGGCUUGCCUUUUGUUUAUUAUUACGCCCUCUUUGUCAAGUUUGGGAACUGCGACCUUCUUCGCCUGUCUGGUUUUGUUGAUGCUUCCACCGAGCACUGUGGUAUUCAUCUACCUCCUUGGAGCAUUUUCCCUGUAUCUGGGAAUAUGUUUAGCUUGGGCAUGGGGCGUCAUCACAACGAAGGCCGCUUUAGCGGCCAGGCCGGCAGAAGCCACCCAAGCCCAAUUGAUGGCGUUGCAACAAACCGCCCAGCAACGAGCCAACGCGACCGGGGAACCAGUCACCAGCGUAGCUCAGGUGUUGAUCUACGAUGGGCACAUGCUGGACGCACGGGUGACUGCCGUGACUUACUGUAUGAUUUGCACCUUCAUUUAUUUCAUGGCUCGACUCCGGGCCAGUAACCCCAAAGCCACCUUCACGGCGAUAUUUGCAAUCAUCAUCUCGGACCUGUUUCUGCUCUUCACUCCGCUGCUUCCCUCGUUCUCGGGUACUCUCCCCUUGACAUUGGCCAAACCGGCAGCAGUUGGGAUCGGCCUGGGGUUCGCAUCCUCGAUUCUCUUCUUUCCACAGUCAACGUCGAGUGUUGUCUUGGUUAGUAUGGGGGACAUCAUCGAAUUGCUUACGCACCCUCUGGCUUUUACAAUGGCCACUCUGGGCCAACGUGACCCGGACCUGAAUGUCGACCAACUGCGAAAGACGCAGGCCGGUAUCAUUGGCGCGUAUCGGAAAAUGGAACCAGCUCUGGCUUUCCUACCCUUGGACUUCUCCGUCGGGUGCUGGGGAGCUCAGAACGUCGGAACCUUCAAGGAACCGCUCCGGCAGACGAUUUCUGCCACUCUUUCGUUGCUCGAACUUCACAUCAACCGGCUCUCGGGGCGAGAGCGCGCAAAGGAGGUUUUGCUGAAAUACGCGGAUCAAAUCGAAUCGGAGAAAGGGGAGACGAAGGAAGCACGCGUAGUGGGACGACACCAACUCUCACAAACAGCGCGUCUACUCGAUGGACUGCGUACUUCUGAGUCCGAUCCGAUUCCGGCGGAAACCCUUCAAGCAUUGACCGGGACUGCAUCUGAAGCUAUUGAGGCUUGCGUGGUCGCCCUUACAGCGGCAGGUGACUGCAUUCGCAUGGCCAAUCGCCAAACGUGGUAUUGGCGUCCCUCAUCUGACAACCGGGCACAACUAAGCCAGCGAGCCCAGAGUGCCCUCGAGGAUCUUCGUGCGACGCGCAAAAAAUUUAUUGAGAACACUACCAAGACUCUGGUUGACGAAUUUGGACCAUCAUUGAACAGCACGUCAGACGACGAAGGCGGACAUCGCAACCACCGCAUCGGGACCAUCGUGUUUGGUAUGGUGUUUGAGGAACUGUUGUCCACUACGAUGAAUCGCACGGAAGUCCUCCUGACCCAAAUUCUAAACGUUUUCCAGACGUGCGAGAAGACUCGCGUUUGGUGGCCGUUAAGCCUGAAAGCAUUCGGCACAUGGCUAGCAGGCAAGGGGAACAAAACACCUGCGAUGGCUCAAGCGGCCGAUGAUGAUCCGGAACAGGAGGUGGAUCAGACGAAAUUGGUUCAAGAGAAGCUACGACUCAGUCGUGGAUACCGCACCAAGCGCCGGGGUGUUGUGAGCCGAGUAAUUUUGGGGACAUACCACUGGUUCACCUCUGAUGAGGGACUGUAUGCCUUGCGCACGGUAGUCGUGACCAUUGCUCUUGGCAUCAUCUCAGCCAUCCCCAGUACGGCUGGGUUUUACUACCGCGAGAAAGGCAUGUGGGCGUUGAUCAUGGCGCAAACAGGCCUUGUGCCCUAUAUGGCCGAUUUUACCUUCUCUGUCAUUGCGCGAGUCAUAGGGACCGUCGCGGGUGGUGUACUGGGCUUGCUGGCAUGGUAUAUCGGAUCUGCAAAUGGCCCGGGUAAUCCAUACGGCCUUGCGGCUAUUAUGGGAGUAAUGCUCGUUAUAUUUCUUUGGGUCCGUCUAUAUUUACCUCCAAACCUUCUUCAAGGGGGUAUCAUGGGUGGUGCCACCUUCCUACUCGUGGUUGCAUAUAGCUUCGAUGAUACACACAUCCCGACUUACGGUAACCCCGGUGUCGGCUAUACCGUCUUCUGGCGCCGACUAUUGCUCGUUCUGAUCGGCAUCGGUGCUGGCAUCAUAGUCCAACUAUUCCCUCAUCCUCCCUCUGCGGCCAAACACAUCAGCAAAACCUUAUCCACCACUAUCCGCACCAUAUCAGACCACUACGCCCUACUCCUCUCUUGCUGGGGCCAGGAGAAUCAAACAGAUGGCCUUGCUCUAGCUGAGCCGAUCUCCCUUCGAAUGGCCGAAUCCCUCGUCAUGCUCGACGGCCCCAUCCAACUUCUCCGAUAUGAAUUUUCCAGCUCUCGCUUCGACAGCGACACCAUGGAUCAAGUGAAACGGAUCUGCCAUGGUCUGAACCGCAAUCUCGGCAGAUUGCUCUACCUCUCGGCGUCCCUACCUCGGGAAUACCGGGACCGACUGGCGAAAUUGACCGGUCUACUCGACCAUCGCUGCAUCGGAGAGGUCAUGGCCGUGCUAAGCGUCUGUGAACAGGCACUCAAAACAGGCGAUGCGCCGCCGGAGCUCUUACCUACCCCGCUGGUGCAGCGAUCAAUGGAGUAUUGGCGCGCUCAUUCCCUGGAUAUGAUUUUGUCGCCGGAGAUGCUGAGGGACGAGAACUAUCGCCGGUAUUGUGUUGGCAUCAGUGCCUAUGUGAAGUUCCUGGAUACCGUUGAUCAGUUGGUGUUGGUAAUUAAGGGUGCGGUAGGCGAGUCUCAUUUGGUCGCUUGGGAGCGGGCGGAGCCUGUGGUAUAA